AUGGACCAUGAGUUCAACUUCACAGCCGUCAAGGCAAGCGCUAACACCAGAAGCAAGGCGAGCCAAGAAAUUACCGAAGCCGACUGUGCUCUAGGACAGAAUCCCCUUCAUUGUGAUUGCAACCUAAGAUGGCUUCAACACUUCUUCCGAACUCGCUUUCUCGACAAUGGUGUCGCACAGUGUUCAACGCCGAAGUCAAUGGAAUUCAAGUCGAUCUUCCAUGCCCACCCCUCGAACUUCACCUGUCCACGGCUGCCCUCGUCAGCUGAGGCGGGGGGCGGUGGACUGCGACUCGGA